UCACAUGUGAGUAUCUCGAGCUGUUGCUGAUUUUAGUGUUAAUUAAUUGUGUUAAUAGCUUAAUAAAGCCGGAAAUAAUAAAUAAUUAUUAAAACUCUACAAAACUAAGCAUGGCUGAUAUCGAGGAUACUCAUUUCGACACUGGAGACUCUGGUGCUUCAGUAACUUACCCUAUGCAGUGUUCAGCAUUGCGUAAAAAUGGGUUCGUUAUGUUGAAAUCUCGUCCAUGCAAAAUUGUAGAAAUGUCAACUUCAAAGACUGGCAAACACGGUCAUGCUAAAGUUCACCUUGUUGGAAUCGAUAUAUUUUCUUCGAAGAAGUAUGAAGAUAUCUGUCCCUCUACACACAACAUGGACGUUCCCUUUGUCAAGCGAGAAGAUUAUCAGCUAACAGAUAUCUCAGACGAUGGAUAUCUGACUCUUAUGGCUGAUAACGGAGAUCUUCGUGAAGAUCUCAAGAUUCCCGAUGGUGAAUUGGGUCAUCAAUUGCGUUCUGAUUUCGAUUCAGGAAAAGAAUUACUGUGCACUGUAUUGAAAGCUUGUGGAGAAGAAGUGGUAAUUGCCAUCAAAACCAAUACUGCCCUUGACAAAUAAUUGUGUUCAGUUCCAGCAGUACACAAAUUUACCACCCACUUAGCUAUUCGUCAUCUAAAUAUUAUUGGUAAUAAAAAACCAAUAUAUUAUCAAUCAUCAGUAUCUCAACACUGGAAGAAAGAAUUAAUAAUUAUAAUAAUAAAAACAAUUUUAUAUAAAAACAACACCUUAAUUACUUACCAAGAGAUCAAAUGCUAAUUGGGUACUAUUUAUUAUCGAAAAAAAAAAAAAUAAUAACAUACUACAAGUUCCAAUCAAUGUAAAGAAACGUCAUAUUAUAUCAACGUAAGAGUGUUUACGAUUGAUUUUGAAGGGGAGAAAGACAUUACGAAAUACACACGUACACACAUAUGUUGUUUGUUAUAUAAAAAAAAAAGAUAGGGCGAUAAACUUUUCAUCCGAGGGUUGAUUAAAAAAAAUAAAAUCUGAAAAAGCCUUCA